AUGUUGAGAAUUGCAAAAUCUUCAACUGUCUGGAAAAACCCUGCCAUUUUUAUGGCAAGUUUCAGACGCUUUUACUCCACAGAACUAACUUUGACUGAUCCUCUCCAGAUUUAUGAAAACAAAAUUGCUCGUGGAGAACUUUUUAGAGAUGAAGCACAACAUAGGGCUGCUAUUGAACUUCAAAAACUUUCAUAUAGACUUAUUGAUUAUCAACCUCCAGCAAACUUUAAACAGAGAAUUCGCCAGCUUUCUGAUGUUCUAGAACAACACGAGCUCAAACAAGAACAAGAAGCCCAACUCCAUCCUGAAAAAGAACGCAAAGCAUGGUAUAUACCUGAUGAAGAGUCUACAGAGCUUAUAAAGCAAUUAUCAGAUGAAGAAGAACUUCUUAACUUUAACUCUCCUCAAGGUCUUCUUCUUUACGGUGAAGUUGGUUGCGGAAAGUCCAUGCUCAUGGACCUUUUUGCUGACUCUUUACCCCAUGUUUCUAAACAACGUAUCCAUUACAACAACUUUAUGCUUUCACUCUAUGGACAUAUCCAUCAAAUAUCGGAAAAAAGACGCCAAAAGGGUUCUUCUGGAUCAAAGUUGCGUCUUGAAAAUGACUUUAUUCUUCUCCAACUUGCAGAGAAAAUGAUUGAUCGCAGUACCGUUCUUCUUCUGGAUGAAUUUAUGCUUCCUGAUAUUGCUGCUGCCAAAAUUGUUCAAACCCUUUUCGUCUUCUUCUUCAAACUUGGAGGUGUUCUUGUGGCUACUUCCAACCGUUUGCCUGAAGAACUCUAUUCUACAGACUUCCGCAAAGCUCAAUUCCAAACCUUUUUCCGCAUUCUUCAAGCCCGUUGUGUAUCCCACGAUAUGCGCUCCGAAAAUGACUGGCGUGUCAUUCUUUCAGACCCAGCCAAACAAGAAGAAUUGCUUGUUAAAAAACAAGAGGCCCGUGAAGAAUUGGGUCUUGACGCCAAGGAUAAAGAUCAGCAAGAGUUCCCAGAUAUUGAAUACUACCAUGUCAUGACUAACGACAAAACUGGACAAGAUAACUGGGCUUAUGCUAUCCAAGAGAUUACAGAAGACUACCAAACACCUAACCCUAGUCAUGUUAUUGUAUACGGUCAUCGUGUUAACGUCCCGUGGCAAAACAAGGGUGUUGCUUAUUUCGAUUUCGAAGACAUUUGCGGAACAUACCUAGCAGCUGCAGAUUACAUUUCAUUGGCAUCAAGAUACCAUACAUUUAUCAUUGAUAACGUUCCUGCACUUAAGAUUUACCAAAAGAAUGAAGCCCGUAGGUUCAUCACACUUUUAGAUGCACUUUAUGAGUCCAAAUGUAGGCUUCUUAUUCGCACAGAAGCUGCUCCGGAAGAUAUGUUUUUCGCCGAUGUACGCGACAAGAUUGAAGAAGAAGAAAAUGCAUCAUCUUUGGAACAGGAAAUGAUUUCGGAGGUCCAUCAAGACCUUUCGCAACCAUUCCGACCAAAUGUUACUUCUUAUGAAAACAAUGAGCGUGAGGAAGAGGCCCCUAAAAAGCCCAAACGUGUUGUCAAUAAUAAUGAUGAAAGCACAUUAUCUUCAGCUUCUCCUAUGGAGGAUGAUCCCUCAAAGAAGUUUUUCCCUGCAAAUGCUCCUGAACCAAACUUUUCUAAAGUCUCUGCAUUUACUGGUGAAGACGAACGGUUUGCUUAUAAGCGUGCUGUAUCGCGACUUAAAGAAAUGACUGGGUCUAAGCGUUGGGUAGAAGAGGCACACUGGAAACCUUUAGAGACUGAUGCACGUCCUUGGGAGUCCUUUGAGGAAGGUGUGCCAUUGUCUGAUGAGUAUUACUUGGGUGGUAACACCAAAAAUUCAAGUAACACCACCUCAGAACCUUCAAGAUCAACUGGUCUGGCACAACAUCUUGUAGAGGAUGAAUCUAAAUAUACAUCACCGUUCCGCAAAUUGCGUGAUGCCCCUCCAAAGUUUGAUGCCCAGCAUUUUUGGGCGCUGGUCGAGUGGGGACCCGGAACUAAAAUCAAGGACGAGAAUGCUCGCCAGUGGAUCCAGAGUAAUAAUGGAUAUACCCAAGAAAAGAAAGAUUAA